UCCUGCGCUGCGCGCUUAUAAAGUCGCGCCCGGCGCGAGUCCGCGGGUUCGAACCGCCGAGAAGACGUCGUCGUCGAGCGCUCGGUGGCGAACGAGAGGGAGUGGUGACGAGCAGACGUGCGCACGCCGUCGGGUCGGGCGGGUGGGCUCUGCGAAAAACAGAAACAAAAGAAACAGAAAGAGAAAAGCCGUUUAACCUUUUCGUCAAUUGCGGCGCUUCGGGGAGCACGCUAGCCAGACGCGAUGGCGGAGAAGUCGCGCUUCCAAGUGGCCAAGGUGGACUACGUGAACGAGGCGAUGGCGCCGGACGAAGACGUGCCCAGGACGCCCACGGCCGUGGCCGCCGCAUCCAUGGGGGGUCCCCAGUGCGUGGUGACCAGCGCGUCGGCGUCGCCCACCGAGCUGGCUAACUACGGCACCGUGUACGACACCGUGAACGUGAAGAGUCUGCUCCACUACACUCAGGAGGCGCUUCCGCGCGUCGACCACUACCGGAACGUGAUGUCGGUGCACGGACACAUCAGUCGGCCCACGCUCGACGAGCUGCACUGCAGCGGACGCGGAUCCAUCCCGGGACUCACGCAGUCGAAGUCCUUCAGCGAGAAAAUUCAGGGCGAGGUCAACUCAUCGACUGCGGUCAAGUUCGGCUGGAUACAAGGAGUGCUGGUCCGAUGCCUUCUCAACAUAUGGGGUGUGAUGCUGUUUCUUCGGCUGUCCUGGGUCGUAGGACAAGCUGGAAUUGGUCUCGCCAUUGCCAUCAUCCUACUAGCAUCAGCAGUCACCAUGCUGACAACGCUUUCCAUGUCGGCAAUUUGCACAAAUGGAGAAGUAAGAGGAGGUGGGACGUACUACAUGAUAUCACGGAGUCUUGGGCCGGAGUUUGGCGGCGCCAUCGGGUUGAUUUUCUCAUUAGCAAAUGCUGUAGCCGUUGCCAUGUACGUCGUCGGUUUUGCAGAAACCGUGCAAGCCGUAUUGAAGAGGCAAGACCAGCUGAUUGUGGACGGUGACAUGAAUGACAUCCGCAUCAUCAGCUGCGCCACGGUGGUCGUGCUUCUCUGCAUCGCGCUCAUCGGCACCGAGUGGGAGUCCAAGGCGCAAAUCGUGCUGCUCGUGAUCCUGUUGGCAGCCAUGGUUGACUUCGUUGUCGGGUCCUUCUUCGCGCCCACCACAGACCUCUUGGCCAAGGGCUUCGUUGGCUACUCCGGCACUCUGUUCAUGGAGAACUUAAAGCCGGGCUUCAGGGACGGCGAAACUUUCUUCGACGUCUUUUCUAUUUUCUUUCCGGCGGCCACGGGUAUCUUGGCCGGUGCUAACAUCUCCGGCGAUCUAAGGGACCCUCAGAAGGCGAUCCCCCGCGGCACCCUGCUGGCCAUCUUCAUCACGACCGUGUCGUACAUCGCCUUCGCCGUCAUAGCCGGCACCACAGUCCUGCGUGACGCCAACGGAUUCCCUUUCAACCUUACCGAAGCCGGAGUCAACUUCGCCGACAUCUCCAACUGCACCAUGUCCGAGGCUGACAAGUGCGAGUACGGACUCAUGAACUACUUCCAGGUCAUGGAAAUGGUGUCCGCUUAUGGCCCACUGGUCAUCGCCGGUGUCUUCGCUGCCACGCUGUCCUCGGCGUUGGCCAGCCUGGUCAGCGCCCCCAAGGUCUUCCAGGCUUUGUGCAACGACAAGCUCUUCCCGUACAUCCACUGGUUCGGCAAGGGCUUCGGAAAGAACAACGAACCUCGGCGGGGCUACCUGCUCGCCUUCGGCAUUUCCCUUGCGUGCUGUGCCAUCGGCGAGCUUAACGCCAUCGCGCCCAUCAUAUCCAACUUCUUCCUCGCGGCCUACUGUCUCAUCAACUUCUCCUGCUUCCACGCUUCGUUCACCAGGAUGCCUGGUUUCCGGCCUGCGUUCCGCUACUACAACCUGUGGGUGAGCCUGCUGGGUGCCAUUCUCUGCCUGAGCGUCAUGUUCAUCACCAAUUGGCCCACGGCACUCGGCACAUUCGCCAUCAUCCUCGGACUCUAUAUCUUCAUCUACAACAGAAAGCCUGAUGUCAACUGGGGUUCGUCGACUCAAGCGCAGACGUACUUGGAUGCACUCAACAGCGUCGUGAAACUCAACCACGUCCGCGAUCACAUCAAGAAUUACAGGCCUCAGAUCCUGGUACUUACUGGAAACCCGGCUGACCGCCUGCCUCUCGUCGACUUCGCCUACUUGCUCACCAAGAAGCUUUCCCUCAUGGUAUGCGGAGACAUCCGCAAGCCUCCGGUGUCCUACAGAUCUCGCAACGCCUUAACGUCCAAGGCGUACAGCUGCUUCGAGCAGCGCAAGGUCAAGGCCUUCUACAGUGUGGUCGUGGACAACAGCUUUUCUAAGGGCGUCCUCUCGCUGAUACAGCUCGUCGGUGUUGGCAAGCUUCGGCCCAAUGUUGUCCUCAUGGGCUUCAAGGCUGACUGGCAGACGUGCCCGAAGCAGGAACUCCAGGAGUAUUUCGACGCCAUUCACCACUCAUUCGACUCACACAUGUCACUGUGCAUCCUGCGCCUUGCUGAGGGCAUCGACUUCUCCAAGUACUCGGCGGAGGAGAUGGCCGCCGGCGCGACCUCAAGCUCGGACGCUGCGUCCGCAUUGCCCGCGGGCAUCGCAGGCAGCCUUAACCGGGACGCCUCCUCGAUCGACACCCUUCCCAGGAACAGCUCCAACUCGCAGCUCUCGCAAGCGGGCAGCUCUUGCGACGAAGACGAGCCCUCGACGGCGCCGCAGACUCCGACCGUGGAGAGGGCGAACAGGGACUCCGGCCUGGGCACGUACCGCAAGAACGCCUCCUCGCCGUCAGCCAGCCCCCGCGGCGGUGCCUCGUCCGGCGGAGGCGCCGGGGCCCCGGUCAUCGGCCACGAGAGCGUCACGGUGACGUUCCGGCGCGACUCCUCGGCGCCCACGGUGCUGCAGCGCUGGACGCGGCGCACCUCGUCCCAGGCCCUCGAGCGGAGCGUGCCCAAGAACGUGCUGCACUCGGUGAACCAGUUCCAGCGCAAGCAGAAGAAAGGCUCCAUCGACGUCUGGUGGCUCUACGAUGACGGAGGCUUGACGAUGCUUAUCCCGUACCUUUUGUCGACGAGGUCCCAGUUCUCAAGCUGUCACCUCAGGGUGUUCGCGCUCGCCAACAAAAAGUACGAGCUGGACAAGGAACAGCGCAACAUGGCUGCCCUUUUGAGCAAGUUUCGCAUAGAAUACUCGGACGUGACCAUCAUUCCCGAUAUUGUGAAACCACCGCAGGCAUCAACCAAAGAAGAAUUCUUUAAAAUCCUGAACCCGUGGAGGCAGUCGUCGAAAGACGCAGAGUCCGAUCAGACGUCAGCGCCGUUCGUGUCAGAAUCGGAGAUUCUAGCCUUUAAAGAAAAGACAAACCGAAAUUUGCGACUGCACGAGCUUCUGCGGCAAUACUCAACAGGUGCAUCGCUAAUAGUGAUGACCUUGCCCAUGCCUCGCAAGGGAACCUGCACUGCGCCCAUGUACAUGGCGUGGUUGGAAAUGCUCACGAAGGACAUGCCUCCGUUCCUGCUUGUACGGGGGAACCAGACCAGCGUGCUCACGUUCUACUCGUAGGGAACAGCCUCAAGAACACCAUCUCCAGAAAAUCCUGCAUAAAGAAGAAAAAAAAAGCAUCGCCCAUAUGGAGGAUGAAGAGCCUUACGCCACAUACGGCGAGCCGCGGCAAACGGCCUGGUGCUGUGACGUCACGAAUCAGUCUCCCUCCACUUAUAUAUAAUUUUAUAUAUAGUUCAUCAUUUGAUUUUUCUCUUUCGUUCCUUUAGUUUCCAGAAUUUGUUGUUGCCAUUUUAUUGAAGCAUAAUUUGUAAAGCGGACGUAGUUUAUGUAUCAGAGGAAAAGCAGCUGUCGCUUCACGCUCACUGCGCACUCAUUUGUAGAUAUCGUCAUGUGCAGUCCAAGUCAGACUGUCAGUCACUCGCCAUCGCUUUGAUCCUUGAUGCUUUGACUCUGUAGAUUCGUAGUGCAGAAUAUUGAGCGCUUUUAGACGCAACUAUGAACUCGGGGAUUUAAUUCUGCAGCACCGCUCGCGAUGGCAGCGCCGCAUUUUUUGUGCGCUAAGAUCGCCAGCAAAUGGCUUUUUUACUCGAGGGCUCUCGAAAUGACCUUUCGUUCUCGAUUCAUAUCGAGUACUACGGUUCGUUAGGAAUCCGAGCUUACGUUAACCGGUGGCAGUACUAUGCGCAGCCUUAACAUUCGUAUCUGUAACGCGGGCUUCCUUGCUAUCUUUUGGUGUGUAGAACGCUAUCCUCCAUAGUGCGUGCGAGACUACGCACGGCCGUCUGACGCGAAAUCUCUAGCUUGCCAAACAGUUGGCGUGACGGCUACGUGCGUAAGCAGGGCUUGUGAAACGACAGUCGGCAUCAGCAUAUCUGAUAUGAUACUUAUGUUCAAUUAAUUCAUAUAUCAAGAACUCCCGGCCAAGUGCCCAGCAAUCGAUAACCAAAAGAAAAAAGAAAACUUAGUCACAGAAUUUUUUUUUACGUCACACUCCGCAGUCCAGAGUGCUGAAAAGCUCUGUUUAAAGUCAGCGUUGCCUCCCCUCCCACCUCCGUAAAGAAAAAAACCUUCUACUUAGUACAAAUGCAAAGUUAGACAUACUCCACAGGGCGUGACUAGAGUGUUCAGAGCUGCAGCCUGCGCUUGUUAGUGAACCUAAAGCGAGCCCUUCAUUCAUUGAAUUGUUAUAGUUGCAGACCCUUUUGCAAUAAUGAGAGAACUUGUACUCUUGAACGAGCGCAAGUGUAGUGGUCCCUUCCCCCGCGCCCAACUCUCGCUUUCCUCCCCGAUUUGCUGCCGUCGGCUGCGCAUAGAUCCAUGUCUAGUCCUUUCACGAGAUCGAGUGUGUGUGCGCGUGCGUUUUUCUUUUUAUACAUAUGAUGUAAUCCUGCAAUAUAUUGUACAGCAGAGAAGAUAAAUAAAAUGCACAAGCCAAGGGCGUUGUUCCUUUUAGCCCGCGUA